ACCCGGCAGCGGGCGCGAACGCCCGUCUCUGGGGACUGAGGCGCCCCGAGCCGCCCGGAGUGUGCGGGGCACGGCCUGCUCGCUGGGUCCGCCGCGUGCCACGUCCCCCGCCAGCCCGCCUCGGGCAGCUGUCUUCCGGCCUCCGCGCUUCUCCUCCCGGCGGCGUCCCGCGCGGAGCCAGGAUGCUACCGCGGCGGCGGCGAGCGCGGACCGGCUCCCCCGGCGGCCCGGCCCGCCCCGGCCCCGCCUGCCCCUGCCCGCCGCGCUUCCCCGGCAUCGCCAUCCACCUGGCCGAGCCGCGCAUGGGCCGCAGCCGCCGCGCCUUCCUCACGCGCCUGGCGCUCUCUAAGGGCUUCCGGGUCCUGGACGCCUACAGCUCCGAGGUGACGCAUGUGGUAAUGGAGCAGACCUCCGCAGAGGAGGCCAGGUGCUGGCAGGAGCGCAGGGCGGCAGCGGCCUCUCCUCCAGAGUGCACCCACCUGGAGCUGCUGGACAUCAGCUGGUUCACAGAAAGCAUGGCGGCUGGGCGGCCUGUGCCCGUGGAGCGUCGGCACCGUCUGGAGGCGGCUGUGCCCGCAAAAGGGCCACCUGGCCCCGUGAGGGUGCUGCCCUACGCCUGCCAGCGCCCCACGCCGCUCACACACCCCAACACCAGCCUCUCGGAGGCUCUGGAGGUGCUCGCAGAGGCCGCAGGCUUUGAGGGCAGCGAGGGCCGCUUCCUCUCCUUCCGCAGAGCCGCCGCGGUGCUCAAGGCCCUUCCAAGCCAGGUCACGGCCCCGAACCAGCUGCAGGGGCUGCCCCACUUUGGACAACACUCCUGCAGGGUCGUCCAGGAGCUGCUGGAACAUGGGGUGUGUGAGGAGGUGGAGAGGGUCCGGCGGUCAGAGCGGUACCAGACCAUGAAGCUUUUCACCGGGAUCUUCGGGGUUGGGGUAAAGACUGCUGACCGCUGGUACCGGGACGGACUGCGGACCCUGGACAGCCUCCACGAACAGCUCCAAAGGCUGACCCAGCAGCAGAGAGCAGGACUCCAGCACUACCGUGAGCUGAGCGUCCCGGUGCAGCGGCCAGAAGCCGAGGCCCUGCAGCAGGAGGUGGAGGCUGCCGCUGUGGACAUCCUGCCCGGGGCCACCGUGACGCUGGUGGGCGGCUUCCGGAGGGGUAAGUUGCACGGCCACGACGUGGACUUGCUGCUCAGCCAUCCCCAGGAGGGUCUGGAGGCAGGGCUCCUGCCCCACGUGAUGUGCCGCCUGGAGAGGCAGGGCCUUGUCCUGUACCACCAGCAUCACCGCGGCCACCCCGAAGACGCCACGCGCCGGACCCGGCACAGCCACACCAUGGACGCCUUCGAGAGGAGUUUCUGCAUUUUCUGCCUGCCGCAUUCCCCGGGGGCCGCGGCGGGGGGCGCCCACAGGCGGGCUGUGCGCGUGGACCUGGUGGUGGUCCCUGUCAGCCAGCUCCCCUUCGCCCUGCUUGGCUGGACGGGCUCUAAGCACUUCGAGCGGGAGCUGCGCCUCUUCAGCCGGAAGGAGAGAGGGCUGUGCCUGAACAGCCACGGGCUCUUUGACCCUGAGCAGAAGAUGCUGCUCCGUGUGGCCUCCGAGGAAGACAUAUUCAGGCACCUGGGCCUCGAGUACCUUCCUCCAGAGCAGAGAAACGCCUGAACCUGCCUGCCCGGCCCACUCUCCGCUGGCGAGCCAGGCCCUGUGGGCUCCUAGAGAAGCUGCACUGCUGCCCCAGGCCCUUGCCCCUGCCGACCCCUGACUGGAGCCCCACCUUGCAGGGCACUUCUCCCCCCCUCCCCAACUUCCAGUCCAAGAUCUAAUGAAAUGAGCACAUGGUCCAAACCAAGCUCUGUGUUCUGAGCGUGCUGCUGUAAUGGGGGAGCGCGGGGCACCUGGCCCCCAUCGACUAUGGGAAGAUGGUUGGGGGCAGGGGCCACCAUGGCAGGGUGCCACUGGGCCAGUGAGAACAUGACUGGCUCUAUCUCCCUGGUGGGGCGGUUGCAGAGCCCGAGGUGGUGGACGGCGGUCUCCCAGGGCUCCGAGCCAGGGGAUGAGGACCUGGAGCCCCCCCGCCCCGAGAGUCCGCCAGCAUCUGGAGAGGGACAGGACGCAGAGCUGGAGCUGGGGUGGGGCAGAGACUUUUGGGUGCUGAACCCCACCUCCCAAGCAGGCGUCCCAGCUCUGCCUUUGCUCUUCCAAGCUCUGUCCUCGGGCCUUUAACAGCAGGUCGCUCAGUGUCCCCCCUCGUUCCCCACAUUCCGCAGCUCCCCUCCUCUGCACCCCCCACCUCUGACCCAGCCGCACACGCCCGUGGGGCCAUCACGGAGGGGAACUGAGUGUGCGGAGUUCCCCGCUCGGCCCUCAGGCCUGCUCCCGCUCCAGCGCCCUCACUGCUGGACUGUCCACUCGGAACACUGUCCCGACGCACAGGUCUCUGUCAGGUUAGGACUCCCCGGACCACUUGCUAGAAUAAAAAAUAUUUUUUUUAAAGUAACUUGCAGUAACCUUGACUCUUUUUGGUGUACGAUUUGACGACUUAUAACGUGUAGACAUGUCCACCUCCACCAGGCCAGCCUUGAAAUAAAACAGCCAGUGGUUGUACCGGCAAAAUGGGUUUCUUGGGAACGGCAGAGGAGCCGUGGUGAGAACAGGACCAGGAGGAGGAGGUUGGGAGGGACUGCUCUGUGCAAGUCCGAUGGAGGAAGUCGGGGGGCUCUGGUGAAGCCUGGGGGCAGGGCAGGCUCCCUCCCGAGCUGGUGUGGCUUCCAGACUCCUCUAAGGGAGGCGGCCUUCCCGCAGCCUGCUCAGCAUCGGGACGCCCCCGUGCUGUCCCGUCACUGUCACGUGCUCACGGUGCUUCCCUGUCCCCGUGGGUAUCCUGUGGGAUGUCCCGUGAGUGCAGGGGGACUCCCUGUGCACCUCCGAGACUGACCCCUCCAACGGUGCCUCUGAGAGUCCUCUGGGCGCCCACUGUUCCCCCUUCCACCCGCGGAGCCCCCAGAGUUGGGCUGUCCGCCCGGUGAGAACCUCGUGUCCAGGCUCCAGUGACAACAAGACACCGAGAACCACCACAGACUUGGACAUGCAGGUUUUCCUUUGUCUCGGGCACACGGGGAGAUGCAGGGUUUCCUGGGCUCAUGGGGUGAGGGUGUGCCACUUUCUGAGACCGCGCCGGCUUGUCCUGCAGGGCGCCCACAUUGCACACGCGCCAGCUCGGUGUCCCCAGAGCCCGGCACCGGGUCCUCGGCCACGCUCACAGUGUCACGGGGGCGCAUGGCCGUUCUGUGGGCGGGCGAGUGUUCACUCCUCAGCCCAGCACCUCCCGAGCCCACGGUUUACCUUUUACGAGGGCUGCCUUACCCCUGCGUCAGGCUGCCAGUGUCUGUCCUCAUGAUUUUGGGUCACAUCUCUGACCCCAGGUUACAAACAAACGUUUUUCUCUGUUUUCUUGUAGAACGUGCAUUUUACACCUAGAUUGCCUUUGAGCCUUCCUGAGACGUCCGUUGGCCGUUUUUGUGCAGGGCCGUUGCUGGGUUCUCUUCUGUUCCUCCCUCGCUGUGCCCGUCGCUUCGAAAGGGGCGCGGACUCGACCCGGAACUGGGGAGCCGGCGAGAGUCCCCUGACUCUGUUCUCCCCACAUUGUUCGGCCUCCUCCUCUCCUGACUCUCCGCAGCGAUUUUAGAGUCCGCUUGUCUGUCUACGAAGCACUACUUCGGGACUCGUAAACACAUGCCGUCUCUGCUCCCGUCUGCUUGACUGCGACCCUUCCGUCCGGGUUGUACGGUUUUCAACAGAGCUCUGUUGGGUUUGCACCUGACGUCCUCCUCCCUUGCUGCCGUGGCAGAUGCUCUCCGUGUCCAGUUGGUCACCGCGAGCACUCGCAAACCCGCCGACCCUGGUGCGUCACUGUCGGCCCCAACACCAGACAGAAUCACCAUUAGUGUAGAUUUCUGGCCAUUCCGUCUGUCCACGCCAACAGCCCUGCUGUGUGUGACUGGGAGCGAUUUCAGAUCCCCUGCUACUUGCUUGUGUGGCCUCACUGGCCUGGCCGGAGCCUCCGGGAUGCCACAGGUGGGCGUGGGCCCCUUCGUCCAGCACCCAGUCGUGGGCUUGGCGUUUCCCCAGACCUUAGGGGUCUGGCCUCUGUAGGUGCCCUUUAUCCAGUGGAGGAAGUUAAGCUUUAUUCCUAGUUUUCUGAGUGUUUUUGUCAGGAAGGGGUGUUGGAUUUUGUCAAACAUUUUUUUUUAUCCCAUUCAUUGAGAUGAUCGUGAGUCAUUUCUAUCAAAAAACGUAACGUUCUCCUGAUAUGGU